AUGGGGCCGGUGCACGUGGCCGGGCCUGGAGAAACCGCCCCGCUCUGCUUCCAGGUCCGGCUCUUCCUGACGCUGGUGUGCGUGGCGGUGGUCACCGUGCUGUACGUCCUGCUCUGCUCCCACGCCUGCCUGCGGCCCUGCUGCCGGGCCCCGGGGGAGCGGGGCAGCCCCACGGCACCCACCGUCCUCCGCUUACAGGGGUACAGCCGCGUCCCCGACGGGAAGCCACUGGAGCGAGCGCUGUGCCGCCACUGCGCCAUUGUCUCCAGCUCGGGGCAGAUGCUGGGCUCACGCCUGGGACAGGCCAUCGAUGGGCAGGAGUGCAUCCUGCGCAUGAACCAUGCCCCCACCACCGGCUACGAGGAGGACGUGGGGGCGCGGAGCACCAUCCGGGUGGUGUCGCACACCAGCGUCCCGCUGCUGCUCAGGAACCAGCCCUACUUCUUCCAGCAGUCCCAGGAGACCCUCUACAUCAUCUGGGGGCCAGCAAAGAAGAUGAACCGGCAGAAGGUGGGCUCGACUUACCAGGCGCUGCUGAAGGUGAUGGAGACAUACCCGCACCUGCAGAUCUACACCCUGACCGAGGAGAAGAUGGCGUAUUGCGACGACGUCUUCCAGAACGAGACGGGGAAGAACAGGAUGAAGUCCGGCUCCUUCCUGAGCACGGGCUGGUUCACCAUGAUCCUGGCCAUGGAGCUGUGCGAGCAGAUCUGCGUCUUCGGCAUGGUCAGCGACAGCUACUGCAG